CUGUAUUUGCAUGUUGCAUACACUCAUAGAAAGAACCAGACUUGACAGUAGCUCAUAUGGUUGAAGUCUACUCACUCACAGGCAUGGCUGCUCAUCUCAUCAUUCUUCUUCUCUUCAGUGUGCUCAAAGGAGUUCACAGCAUAACUACAGUCAGUAAAGUAUCAGUGAAAGCUGGAAAAUCUAUCUCCAUCCCAUGUCUCUAUGAGUCCCAAUACAUAAACAAUGUGAAGUAUUUGUGUGAAGGAUAUUAUUGGACGUACUGCAGAUAUGCAGUAAAAACAAACGAAGCAGACCCUUCAGGAAAAUAUUUAAUCUCUGAUGACAAAAAAUUGAAAAUUUUUACUGUGACUAUAAACCAGCUGACAAAUGAAAACACUGAUUACUGGUGUGUGGUGGAGAUUAAUAAGGGAGAGGAUUAUCCACAGUAUUUUCAGCUGUCAGUUACCAGAGGUACCCCCAGUCUCUAUGUUGAUCAUCAGAGGAUUACAGGAUAUAUAGGAGAAAGCAUAAUUAUUAGAUGUCACCACAGUAACUCUGGAGAAAUGAAGUGGUGCAGGCUGGGCAGGAACUGUGUGACAGGAUCAUCUGGAUCCAUAGAUGGUGCAGCAGUGACCGCUCAUAUGAGACACCCAAAUGUUUUCACAGUGACCAUGAGUGGACUAAGGUCAAAGGACAGUGGCUGGUAUUGGUGUGCUGAAGGGGACAUUCAGAUACCAGUAUAUUUAAAACUGAUCACUACCUAUACCCCUACUAAAACUACCAGUCGUACUACCCGCACUGCUACUACUAUUCAUACUGUUGCAACAAUCGAACAAGGGAAAAAUUCUACAGUAGGAGAAAACAAACACAGAGCUUCAUUUGACCCAAGGAUCCUCAUCAUCCUUCUGAGUGUGCUGACCUGGAUUGUAAUUGUGGUGUUGUUCAUCUGGUUUAUACUGAGACACGAGCAGAGGAAAGCAGACUCAUCAGUCACACCAGUGGUGGAAGAGGAAGUAACAUAUUCCAUUGUUGUGUACAUGCAAAAACAACCACCAGAGGCAUCAUUUGCUGAAAGUGAUGCUGAGAGCAUGUACAGUUCUGUGUUUUACCUUAAAGAAACAAAGGGUAAAUAUUAAAAGACCUCAAACCAAAUAUACUCUGCUUCUUACUUCUUAUGUUUCCUUCAUUUCAAAUCAUUUUACUAAUGUCACAUUUCCCUUUUAAUUUGCUUACCUUUCUUGUUUGUCAUAUUUCUUUCUGUUCUCCAACAGAGUAAAUGAAAAGACACAGACAUUAUAUAUAGCACAGUGAAACAUUAUAAAAUUAUAGAUAUGUAUAUAUUUUGCUUUUUUAUCUGUAUGCAUAUUACUGGAGUCUUUGUCAGAUUACAUAUUUGACUGCUGUUAUUAUCUUGUUGUGUAUUAACUUGUAUGUUCUUCUCUUUAACUAUUGUUUAAUGAAUUUCCUGCAUGGCUGCAUAAAAGCUUGUUGCAGUUUUUGGUUACAGCUUGUUGUCAUUUUAAAGAUGACUGGCAUGUUCAGUGGCUUUAAUGUAAUUAAUGAAUAUCAUAAACACCAACAUUGUCGAGAGAGGUGGGACGGAGACAGAUGUCCCCCUGGAUUACCUGUCAUCACAUCUGUGAGAGGGUAAAAGGCCUUAACAUCCAGCCUUUUGUGAGUUUUCGAGUAUGUGCAUUUGGUAAUAAUAAAUCAUCUUUUUUCUUAAUCAUAAAUAUAAUUAAGUUAUGUUUAAUUAAUAUGGUGAAUGAGAAAUGCGGUUUGACUAAUGAAAAUUAUGUUAAUGUCUGGAUUUUGUGUUCAUAGACAUGAUACAGCUUCGACCGUAGCAGAGAAAUGUGUCACCAAUCCAAUAUUAUACAUGAUUCUGAAUAAGAGAAAUGGUAUUAAGUACGAUGUACUUGUUGACUAAAGAAACAUUAUUCAUAUGUGAUUUUGCUGACAGUUAAUUAUGCUUAAUUGCUUCAUACUGAUCAGAAUAUCAUCAGGUAUAAGUUUUUCACAUAUAUUGAAUAAGACGAUAUCAUUUAAAAUGAUGAUAUUCCUCUGUAUUUGAAUUAACAAGAGAUUAUGUGAAAAUGGAUGUUCAUGUGAGAAUGAGCUAAUGUGAAGUAUACAGUAUUCAUCUGUGACUGAUUGUUCAUAUGGAACAGAAUUUUCUGUUAAGAAUGACAUAGAAGAGAACAAAAUGUAAUUAAGUGGUUUUAUUGUUUUAAAUGAUGUAUGUGAAAAAGUCAGAGAGAGGAUGAUAAUGUGUAGCUGGAGAUCAGUUGUUGUCAGUAAGGUCAAUUUGAUGUCAUAAUUGGUGAUUAUUAUUGUAUUCUGUUCUUGUUUAUCACUGAAUAAAUU